AUGUUUUCGAGAGUUCUCGCCGAGGCUGAUACUGACACUAUGGGGGUGUACAGUACAAUAGCUGUAUUGGUGUCUGAUAACUUCGACAAUAGCUCACUGUGCUCUGAGGAAGACGACGAGGCUCUCAUGAACGACAGCCUUCCAACUGACGAUGGCGUGGCCGUGCUCCCUGUUGCGGGUCAAAGACUUGAGGAAGAUGUACCUCCUGAGCUUAUCGGUCUCGUUAAUUCUAAUCGAGUACGGAGAGUUGAUCCGGACUGGGUCUACCAAGACUCCAAGGGCCGGAUCCGAACUUAUGUCCCAGAAGGAGAUCGCUCGCAAGCCUUGGGAGCAGCGCAUGGUGAUGGCCAUGCUUCCCCUGAAAGGAUGCUCCGCGCCAUGAUGAGCACAGUCUGGUGGCCCAAGAUGAGCCCUGACAUCGACGCCUACUGCAGCGUGGGGUGCGCCAGACACGCUGCGCGUGCCGCUGCUGCCAGCCCGCGGUAUGACCUUUUCCCGGUUGAGGCCAGAAGGUUCUCCUCGGUCGCUAUGGAUCACUUGGGACCCUUCAAUGGUCUCUAUGUCUUGGUUGUCGUUGAUAAGGUGACAGGCUGGCUUGAAGCGUGCGUGGUCGAUGACAAGUCUGCUCAGUCGACUGCCUUGGCCCUUUACGAUGUUUGGGUAAGCCGAUGGGGGUGGUUUGAUUCGAUCACCCAUGACAAUGAUGCAGGCUUCUGCUCGGCGACUGUGAAAUCUCUCUUUGAACGUCAUCAAGUGACGAGGACAUUAUCACCUCCGUAUUGGCCGAGAGGGAACGGUAUCGCUGAGGCUGCGGUAAAGGAGAUUAAGUAUGUCAUUCGUCGUUCCGGCGAGGUCAUUACCGGUGCGGUCCAGCUGAAGGCUCUCGUCGCAGCUGCCCGACUGCUCCAUAAUUCUUCUGCUGCAGAUGGAUGUGGCUAUUGUCCUUAUGAGAUUGUUACAGGAAAGAAGCUUAAAACCUUACUUGAAGUUGUCUACGGUGAUAAUGAUCCGGGUCCGGCGGAUCCGGAGAAGAUCGAGAACAUGCUGAACAUCAUCGUUGAGCAGAAACGAAGAUCUAGAGAUCGCAGCCGAGCUGCUGCUAUCUCGCGCGCCGAGAAGUGGCGCUCUGGCUCUUACGGCAACGACCUGCACGAGGGCGAUUUGGUUUUUGUUGUCCAGCUACGUGGUUAUGGUGGCCGGGUGGCCCUAGGCCCCUUCCGUAUUGGAAACGUCGAUGGCUCCCUCGUCUACCUGCGUGGUGAGGAAGAUCCUGUCAGCCGUGGAGAGUGCGUCCCCUAUUGCCCUGAUCCCCGCUAUUCUGACGUCGCGGGAGAAGACCACCAGGCCAUGAAGGUCGAGUUUAACUCUCUCACUCCAGACAUGAUGAUUAUGUUCGAAGUCGAGGAACUUGACGGCCAGGUAAAGUCUCUUGAUGUUGGUAGAGUCGUGUCUGAGCCUCUGCGUGACAAGGUCAAGGUUGAACCGUAUGCGUCCCCUACUCAUCUGUUCUGGUUCCGUAGACAGCCGCGUGAAAGAAGGCUGGUUACGGUUUCUAAGUCCGAAGUGAAGUUCUCAACUUCUGGUACUUUCCUCGAACCGGAUGGCAAGCUCAGCUCCGAAUCGAUAGAGCUGCUCAGCCAGAGAGGAUAUAUACAGUGA